AUGCAAUCUGCAAGAAAGACUAAUCAACUGGCCAUUCCUGAUCUCCCGAAGGAGGUAACUGUAAAGGACCUGCUAGAGGCGUUUUCUAAGUAUGGAAAAGAAAUAACGGGCGUUAAGCUUAGCAAGCAAAGAAGAUCCAGAGACGAGGAUCUUAAGGUGGGGUAUGUUGAGUUUGAGACCAUUGAGGACACUGAGAAGGCAUAUGGAGAGGGGAAGGUUCAGGUAGCUGGAGAACCCAGGCAAUUGCACUUUGCAAGAAGAAGAGACCAAAGGAUGAAGGAGAGAGUCAUUGUGUCGAGCAAGAAGGUGUAUAUUUCUGGAAUUCCUGAUGAUACCAACAAGGACGAGCUGUGUUCCCUUUUAGGCAACUGCAAGAUAUCUGGAGACAAAGGUAAGAACUACCUUUUCGCAGAGUACGACAACAGUGAGGAGCAAGAAAAAGCACUGAACAAGAUCAACAACAUGAAGAUCAAUGGGUCGAAGCUAUAUGCAAUGCCUGCUUAUGAGAAGGCAAACAUUGGAAGGAUUGGUAGAAAGAGGAGCGACUCCAAUUAA